AUGACGGUGCCGCUGCUGAAGAUCGGGGCCGUGCUGAGCACCAUGGCCAUGGUCACCAACUGGAUGUCCCAGACUCUGCCCUCGCUCGUGGGGCUCAACGGGACCGCCGUCUCCCGCCCCGGUACCUCCGAGAAGAUCACCCGGGUGCUCCCAUCGAGCCCCGACGAGGGCUGGCAGGUUUACACCUCGGCGCAAGCCCCCGACGGCAAAUGCCUCUGCACGGCCGUCAUCCCCGUCCAGGGCACUUGCUCCCGCGACCUGCGCAGCCACCAGCUCCGCCAGCUCAUGGAGAAGGUGCAGAACAUCUCCCAGUCGAUGGAGGUGCUGGAUCUCCGGACCUACCGGGACCUCCAGUACGUGCGCAACACCGAGUCCCUGAUGAAGGGCUUGGACUCCAGGCUGAAGGUGGCUGCUGAGAGCCAGAAGAGCCUCAACGCCAAGAGCUUCCAGGAGCUCAAGGACAAGAUGACGGAGCUGCUGCCCCUGAUGCCCGUCCUGGAUCAGUACAAGUCGGACACGAGGCUGAUCGUGCACCUGAAGGAGGAGGUGAGGAACCUCUCCGGGAGCUUGCUGGCCAUCCAGGAGGAGAUGGGUGCCUACGACUACGAGGAGCUGCAGCAGCGGGUGCUGAUGCUGGAGGCCCGGCUGCACGCCUGCAUGCAAAAACUGGGUUGUGGGAAGCUGACGGGCGUCAGCAACCCCAUCACCAUCCGAGCGUCGGGCUCCCGCUUCGGGUCGUGGAUGACCGACACAAUGACACCCAGCGCCGACAGCCGGGUGUGGUACAUGGACGGUUACUACAAGGGCCGCCGCGUCUUGGAGUUUCGGACCUUGAAUGACUUCGUGACGGGACAGAACUUCGUGCAGCAUCUCCUGCCGCAUCCCUGGGCCGGCACCGGCCACGUGGUCUUCAACGGGUCCCUCUACUACAACAAAUACCAGAGUAACAUCGCGGUGAAGUACCACUUCCGCUCCCGCAGCGUGCUGGUGCAGCGCAGCCUCGCCGGAGCCGGCUACAACAACACCUUCCCUUAUUCUUGGGGUGGUUUCUCCGACAUCGACUUCAUGGUGGACGAGAGCGGGCUGUGGGCCGUCUACACCACCAACCAAAACGCCGGCAACAUCGUGGUGAGCCGGGUGGACCCCCAGACGCUGGAGGUCCUGCGGAGCUGGGACACGGGUUACCCCAAACGAAGCGCCGGAGAGUCCUUCAUGAUCUGCGGUACGCUCUACGUCACCAACUCCCACCUUGCCGGCGCCAAGAUCUAUUUUGCCUACUACACAAACACUUCCAGCUACGAAUACACGGAUAUUCCCUUCCACAACCAGUAUUCCCACAUAUCCAUGCUGGACUACAACCCGCGGGAGAGGGUGCUCUACACCUGGAACAACGGCCACCAGGUCAUCUACAACGUCACGCUCUUCCACGUCAUAAAGACGUCGGGUGAGCUGUGA